UCUAGAUAUGCAUGAUUUGAGAUGACCGAGCUACUUCUCUGACACAUGUGUGGGCUGUUGGCUUCAGUUACACUCCACUGUGAGUGUGAUGGAACUUCUCAGUUGAGAAUGCUGUCCCUGCCAGGCAUAUAAAACAUACAUUUUACAUAGGGAGAUAUCCAGCUGCUUAUUAGGCUCGUUUUUUGAUAAGCUGCCUCUUACUCUUUGUUGCAGGGGUUAAGUGGCCAAGACAGACAGGUGGAAUUAGGCCUUGAUGUGGAGGCUUAAUUUUCUUCUCAAUACCUGACCCUUCAUAAUGAGGCAGCUUGUGGAAGUGUGAUGUUUGUUCAUUUCCUCACAGGCCACAGGAAACAUAAGUGUGAAGGAGACAUUUGCCAUGGAAGCCAGGGAGCUGGAGAGCCCCACGCCAACCUACCAUCUCAUUCCUGAGGCCAGCCAGCCCAGAGAGAAAGAUGUCAGCAUGCAACCUCAACGGACCAUGGAAACUAUGCAGCUAAAAAAGGAGAUCUCUCUGUUGAAUGGGGUCAGCCUGGUGGUGGGCAACAUGAUUGGCUCAGGAAUCUUUGUCUCACCCAAAGGCGUGCUGGUAUACACUGCCUCCUAUGGGUUGUCACUAGUCAUAUGGGCCAUUGGUGGGCUUUUCUCCGUUGUUGGUGCCCUUUGCUAUGCGGAGCUGGGGACUACCAUCACCAAGUCUGGGGCCAGCUAUGCUUAUAUUCUAGAAGCUUUCGGGGGCUUCAUUGCCUUCAUCCGCCUUUGGGCCUCCUUGCUAAUUGUUGAGCCCACCAGUCAGGCCAUCAUUGCCAUCACCUUCGCCAACUACAUCAUCCAGCCCUCGUUCCCCACCUGUGAUCCCCCGUACCUGGCCUGCCGUCUCCUCGCUGCUGCUUGCAUAUGUCUGCUGACAUUUGUCAACUGUGCCUAUGUCAAGUGGGGCACACGUGUGCAGGACACGUUCACUUAUGCCAAGGUCUUAGCGCUCAUUGCCAUCAUUGUCAUGGGCCUCGUUAAACUGUGCCAGGGACACUCUGAGCACUUUCAGGAUGCCUUUGAGGGUUCCUCCUGGGACAUGGGAGACCUCUCUCUCGCCCUCUACUCUGCCCUCUUCUCUUACUCAGGUUGGGACACCCUUAAUUUUGUAACAGAAGAAAUCAAAAACCCAGAAAGAAAUUUGCCCCUGGCCAUUGGGAUUUCUAUGCCAAUUGUGACGCUCAUCUACAUCCUGACCAAUGUGGCCUAUUACACAGUGCUGAGCAUUUCAGAUGUCCUUGACAGUGAUGCUGUGGCUGUGACAUUUGCUGACCAGACAUUUGGCAUGUUCAGCUGGACCAUUCCUAUUGCCGUUGCCCUGUCCUGCUUUGGGGGCCUCAAUGCGUCUAUCUUUGCUUCAUCAAGGUUGUUCUUCGUGGGCUCCCGUGAGGGCCACCUCCCAGAUGUACUGUCCAUGAUCCACAUUGAGCGUUUUACACCCAUCCCUGCUUUAUUGUUCAAUUGUACCAUGACACUCAUCUACCUCACUGUGGAAGAUGUUUUCCUGCUCAUCAACUACUUCAGCUUUAGCUACUGGUUCUUCGUGGGCCUGUCUGUUGCUGGACAGCUCUAUCUUCGCUGGAAGGAGCCUGAGCGGCUCCGGCCUCUGAAGCUGAGCCUGUUUUUUCCCAUCGUGUUCUGCACAUGCUCUGUGUUUCUGGUGAUUGUGCCUCUAUUCAGUGACACCAUCAAUUCCCUCAUUGGCAUCGGGAUUGCCCUCUCCGGGGUUCCUGUCUAUUUCGUGGGUGUUUAUCUGCCAGAGUCCCAGAGGCCACUACUUAUUCGGAAUGUCCUGGCUGCUAUCACCAAAGUCACCCAGCAGCUUUGCUUUUGUGUCCUGACCGAGCUUGAUGUAGCUGAAGAGAAAAAGGCUGAAAGGAAAACUGACUAGAGGCCAGAGGUGAUGUCCCUUGAGGCCUGGAAGACCAGCCACAGCCACCAAAGUCCAGAUGACAAGACUGUACAGGCCCAACUCUCUUGUUCUAAAGGAUCUUGUGGGCCACAUUAUGUAAGGGGGCUCAGGGCCAAUGGCCUGCUUUGGUGGUCACUCUCAUUGGGAGCAGACUCAGGGUCUGAGGCCAGCCUGAAGGUGGGAACUGUAUAGAAAGUGGUGGUGGGAGGGCUUGGGGUCAGGGGAAUAGUUGUUUAGUUUUGUUUCUGGUGAGUAGGUACAGCUUACCAAACACUUGGCAAGUUGCACUGGGGAAAAGGAAGUGCUAGGUUAAUAGCUGUGGCUGGUGGUUCUGAAUUUGAUAUUUGAGGUUUGAAUCAGAAGUCUCUACAAAAGGGGCUGCUUUAUGGCAAGUUUUCCUCUGACCAGGUCCAAGCAUCUGACUGUAGAGGCCUAAAAUGCUAUCAUUUCUUCCUGUGACUCAAAGUCUUUCCCUGGAAAGACGGCUGUAUUCCAUUAUUUAUUGAUAUUAUUUAAUCCAGAACCCCAGUUCUAGCAAAGCAUUGGUGUUCAUUCAUCUACCGAAUGCCAUAGACUGAUUGUAUUUAAAAAUUCAAAGUUACUCCAAACUGAGUCCCUCUGCCCUUAGAGGUGUCUCUGUGUGGUGGUGGAUCAGACUCAGACCACAGAUUUUUUGGUUUUAGCACAUUCUUCUGUUGAGUCUUAGCUGCAAAGGUGAACUUUAAAGAUUUUUUUAAACUCAUGUAUCAAUUACACGUUAGUCAAUAGGUCACAGAUUACAAGCACCUGGCUCAAAUCAGCAAGGACAAAUGAACAAAUUCAUGAGUCAGAAGUCUGGUAAUACUGCUAUUUUGAAGGAUAAUCCUUUAUUUUACUUGAGACCUUAGGUCUUUGUUCUAGAUGAUAAGAAGGUAAAUUUCUGGGUUUCUGGUAUGAACUUUAAGAGGACAUGAACUGUUCUAGAAUUCAAGUGGAUUACCUGAAUUCUCUCAGCUGUCAAUGGCUUAGAGACCAUCUCAUGGACCCAAGCCACCAAAUAGCUUGUUUCUUUCUGUAAGGGCCGGUGUGAGGGAUGCUGUGCAGACCCACACAAGCCCACCUUGGUGCUAGAAGUGGUCAUUUCCCUUUUCUGAAAACCUCACAUCACGCUGCAUGCUCCUCUUCUAUCCCCAACACUGGGCUCUGUUUACACUCCGAGCUGUCUUGGUGUGGAUCAUCGGGAUAGUGCAUACCUGUCCUGUCUGCCUCCGCUUGCUGGAGGUUUGGUGGGCCUGCAGUCUCAGGAAGAGCUUGGUACUUCUGUGGACCUCUAUUUUCUCCCUGUGGAGAUAGUGAAGACUUAGGGGGGAAAAAGCUGCUUCAUCCUCAAAUCUGGCUCCUCAGCAGACUGCGUGAUUGGAAGCAACUAAUUCUGGUGCUCAGGCUGUGCUUUAGCAUCCAGGUCAGGCCAGAGCAGAUUUGGCCUAAUGGAUGUUCGUUCCCUCAUGGACAGCCAUGGUUGCGGUGGACUGCACAUCUGUCCUGUGAUGUGUCCAGACACUGUCAUCCUGGGUCCAGAGGAACCUGCAGACUUGGCUCAUCCCCUGCCUGGACUUCUUAUCCUUUGGUUUUAGAAUUGGUCAAUUGUAAAGACAAGAAUGAGGCAAUCUCCCUUCCUGAUCAUUCUUUUCCACCAAAUGGCCCCAGUCGCAGUCAGGGGAAUGGCCUUGGUCAUACUUGCUCAAUAAAGACAGUCAGGGGAGCAUGAGCACAGCUGUCUUCGGUUCAGGGCAUGCAUGGAUGAGAAAAUGAGAGGACAUUCCUACUGUCAUGGGUUGGGGCAAUAGGGAGUCUGUGCAAAGGCUGACUUGCCUAGACUGUGUAAACUUGACUCCUGUCUGAGGCAAGAUGGCACUUUUCCCAGGGAUCCUCUGGAGCUAAUCAUUGAAGUGGUGUGUGCUUGUCUUGAGGAUCCCUGACCAAGGUUUUAGCUUUCUCCACUGAAGGAAGUGACCAGCUAGUCCCAAGAACUUGCUGCCCCCCACUGGCUCCUGGGGGAAGCAUGGGCCUCACACCCUAAGUGACCCCAUACAAGCUUAGUGAGCCAUGUCAUCCCCCUCUCAUUACUGGAUGGCACCUGCAUUUUUCCCCUCUGUGCUGGAUACAGACUUCACCCAAGAACCCAUCUGUGGGAGGGAAGCCAGAGACUCCCUACAGCACUCAAGCUUUGUGGUGGAAUUAAAUUUCUGCAAGGUCUUUGUUGUUCAUCUCCUUCAAUCCUUCUCCUGGUGUGCUAAUCCCUUUUGCAGUAGGCACAGUAUGUGAGGUUGUCAGCCUUUAAUGUUGGCAAACCUUAAUGAGUAUAGAAACAGCAGUGAGCGCAUUAUAAUGGCACUGAGUAGUUUUUAAGCCUUUGUUUCUAUGCCUACAGGAGACUAAGAUGACUAGUAUUACACAUGUAAAUUGCUGCCUGUUACUUACAGCACUGAAUUGUACCUUUGUGGAUAGUUAGGAUGGUAAACUAACAUUUUGUUGGUUUUGUAGCCACAAGAGUACAUAUGGAAUUUAAUCACUUUGGCAGGUUUAACAUAAAUCUAGGAAUAUAGGAAAGACCUACAAAAUGAACAUAAAGUGAAAGAAUGGGUGGAGGCAGGUUAGAGAGAGAUACUUAAGAAAUUAUAAAAGAUGUGGGUAGAAGACAUCCCUGUGCAACUCAUCUUUCCAUGUGAUGGGUGUUCGUGCCACAGGGCAAGAAGGCACAUUUUGAAUCAAAAUUUCUGUGUAUUAUUUUCCUAGACCUGUACUAUCCGGUACAGUUAACUAUUAGACACAUAUAGCUAAUUAAAUUUAAAAAUAUUGACUCCUCAGUUGCACUAAUCAUGAAUUUUAAGAGCUGAGCCACAUAUGGCUAGUGGCUACUAUUGUACAGUACAGAUAUAGAACAUAAUUAUUGUGCAUGAAGUUCUAUGGGACAGUGUUCUCUUAGAAGAAUAAAUGCCAACUCAGAGCAAAGAUGUGUGGUAUGGAAUGAAGUAGGGACAGUGUUUGCUUAUAGGGAGUCCAAGUUCCGUUAAUCACUUUUUAGUGAGUACUGUGCAUAGUUAACAUUUCUCAUUGGAAAGCUAAGUUCAGGAUACGCUUUUCUUUUCGUCACUUGCCUGAAGUCCUUUGUGUCUAAGGUAAAUCCUGAAAGCUGUCUCACUAACCACCGCCCCCCCCCCCCCCCCCCCCCCGCCCAUUUUUGGUCGAGGGUGGGGAUAGGAGAUAGGAGGUACAGUGGGAAAACAUGUAAAGCCAUUCAGAUUUAAAAGGUUUUUGAGGAGGGACAGCUGGGUGGCUCAGUUGGUCAACCAUCUGACUUCAGUUUAGGUCAUAAUCUCAUCGUUAGUGAGUUCCAGGCCUGCGUCUGGCUCUGUGAUGACAGCUUGCAGCCUGGAGCCUGCUUU